AUGUACACAGCUAGUAAGAUCAGGGAUGUCUAUGCAUUUCUGGCGCAGAAUUACGAGGAGGGCGAUGAGAUCUUUAUGUUCGGGGGUGCAUACAUUCUGAGAAAGACAUUGGAACUGAUCGACAAGAUCGGAUUACUAGAGACGGAGAAUCUUGGUGUAUUCUUCAGUAUCUGGGGCGCGCUUCAUACGGGAAAAAUCCAUCCUGUACCUGUCGGCACCAGGAAGCCAAGGAUCAGAUGUGUUGGCUUUUGGGAUACAGCUGGAGCAGCAUAUAACCAGAUAGAGGCACUGCGCAUAAAGGAUACAGACCUCCCAUCCAACAUCGACGUCGCUCUUCAUGCGGUGUCUCUUCAAGAAAAUCGGAGGGAGUUUAGGCCCACGCUGUGGACGACUCCGGAGAACGGACUUGGUGCGAACCAGGUUCUAAAGGAGGUAUGGUUUCCUGGAGCACAUAGCGACGUGGGGGGCUCUUAUGAGCGCCAUGAACUCGCCGAUAUUGCCUUGUUCUGGAUGGUGGGAGAGAUCAUCGACCACGAUCUCUUCGAGGUCAACACAGGCGUUAUCAUCAGGAGCAGCCAGCCUCAUCCCGAGCCUUGGGGAGCGCCCCAGCCGCACAAUGCAUACAUCGAAUCCUCUUGGAUGGCGAGGCGAAUGAUCCAUGCUGAACAGCGCCUAGAAAGCGGAGACAUCACUCCAGACACCAACUUCCAUGAAAGCUGGAAGUUUGCACCGGAUACGUUGACCCUCGACUAUAAGAUGAUCUCUGCGAAUAUUGUACAGGACGCAUUUACGAGCGAUUGGAGUCCGAAGUACUGCACUCUCAAUGCGUUCGAAGAGAACAGAAAGGCUCAUUGGAACCAUCAACGGGUGUGUUAUUUUUCUUCCAUAUUUUUCUUGUAUGUGCCAUAUAACGAGCUGUGA